AUGGCGAAUGACACACGAGAAGCGUCGAUUGAUGCACCGGAGAGCUCUCAAAAGGACCCAACUACCCCAACAGCCACGGAGCAUGCUCGACCAAGUACCCUCCUGGUCCUCUGGAACGACUGGAAAUACCGCCACGGCCGCCUCGUAGACGAGAGCUCAGGAUCAAUCCUCUACGACUUUGACAACAAGUAUACACAACUAGUCUUCCGAAGACUUGACUCCGUCGAAGGAGACCAAAUCGGCACCGCAAGCUUCCACUUCAUCUCCACCUCUGCCAUAGACGUGCGCAUCCACUCCACCUCCUUCUCCCUCAAGCACAGGGACUGGAAACAUCGGGACCAGCAAUGGCUCUCCCCAGCCUUCGGGAAUCAAACCAUGACGUGGUCCAAAGCCAACCCAUGGACGUCCUCGUCCAUCACUCUGUUGGAUGAAGCGCAGUUGCCUGUGGCCAAGUUCAGUCCUGGCGGCGCUGUGACGCUGAAACAACCGAGCAAGAUCGAGUUCAUGGGCGAGCGGAGCAUCAGUCAGGAAAUGCUGGAUGAGCUUGUCGUUACUGGAGUGGCGUUGAUGAGGGAUCUGAUUAAUCAGACCCAGGCCUCCGCAGGUGCCAAAGCUGGUGCGGCUGAAGCGACGGGCGAUGUGUAG